UUAUCUGCGUGUCACAUGGCUGUCCUUGUGGCUAUACACACAGUGAGUCAGGAAGAUUACCAUGUGGUGUUAUCACAUGUGUAAUGAUUAACCACCCCUCGGUUUGAGUAAUCUGUUUCUGGACGACCACAGCCAGUAAAGUACAGUUCUGAUGCCACUGGGGUUUGCAGCGACGUGAGUGAAUAAACAUUAACCCUCACUUCUCUCAAACUAGAUGGAAGCCGGUUAAAACUGGACCACCCCCCACCCCCUCCACGCCAGCAUUUCUUGUUGUUCUUUAGUUUGUAUUGAACUGACAUCUGGUUGUAAUUUGCCUCUGGAGGAUUCUGUCCCACUCUGUCCCAAACUAAACACAGGUCAGAAUAUAAAAGUCUUGGUCGUCUCAUCCCGUUUCUUUCUUUCUUUUUUAUUUUUUCCAAUUCACUGCUUGACGUGAACCUGAUGUGAUUUGAUGACGUGAUUUGAGUUCUAAACCCAGUCCAGAGAGCGUGAAGGCAUGCCGAGGUGGAGGAACGCCACAGGAAACGAGGUCUAAUGAUCCCCUCCCCUGCUACAGUAUAAACACGGUCCCUUUUGGGUGGGCUUUCCGCCGAACACAGAAAAGACAAAGAUAAACCUCCUCAAGCCAUUUGUGCUGCCUCUCCCUCUCUGUUUUUUAUGUUUCGUGCUCAAAAUAGUGAACUUUAGACACAUUUAAAGGGGGGAGUGUCUAUAGGCUUUCUCAACAAGACUGACGGCAUCUGUUGAGUUUUCUCAUUUACUCCAGAACGGCAUUGCGUGUGGAGCUUCAGGUACCAAUUUGCUCCUCACGUAUUUUUUCUGCACAAGAAAGUUGAAAGGUUUCCUUGUGGCUUGAAAGCCUCAUGGCUCAAAGUCCCUCAGAGUCAUAUCCUGCAAUUGUCUGUGGAGUAUAGGUGGAAGGGAGGACGGAGUAGGAGCGUUUGAUUGUGCAGUAGAACAGAGGGUAAGAGGCAUCUAAGGGCGACUGGAGCCUCAGCACGGACCAUGUGUGCUGCAGCGUUGGAUGAGUACUGUGGGUCGGUCUUCUGGAAUGCUUCAUACCUGAACAGAGAAGAUCCGGACCUCCCAGCAUGUGUGGAGCAGACGGUGCUCAUCUGGAUCCCCCUGGGGUUCCUGUGGCUCUGUGCCCCGUGGCAUUUAGUGUCCCUCUGCAAAAGAAGACUUCUAAUAACGCCACACAUGUCAAAGCUGUACAAAUGCAAACAGCUCGUGGUGUCCCUCUUGUUGCUGACGGCCAUAGCUUCCUUGGCCGUUACAUUAGGAGAAGACUAUGGUCCCAGCAAUGAUUCACGGCCGACAGUUAAAAAUCCUGGCGUGUUCUAUGCGAACCCUGUCCUGUUUGCUGUUUCAUGGAUUCUUCUGCUGUUGUGCCAGGAGGCGGUGAGGCGGAGGGAAGGAGCCGUCGACUCCUCCACCCUCUUCAUCUUCUGGCUGCUCCUCGUUCUGUGCGACGUCUUCCCUUUCCAGACCCUCCUGAGGGAGGCACUGGCGCUGGGCGAAGUCAAGGACCUUCCUCGUUUCUGUCUUUUCUACAUUUCCUUUGGACUGGAAGUGAUAGCGCUUAUUCUGUCCGCUCUGCCUGAUAUUCCUUCUGAAGCCAAAGAGAUUAGAAAGAAGAAUCCUGAAGCAGGGGCAACAUUUCUGAGCAGAAUCACUUUUACCUGGUUUAACAGUAUGGCAGUGAAGGGCUACAAGAAGCCCUUGACCCAGGACGACAUGUGGGAGCUCAACGAGUCGGACAGCACGGCUCACAUCAACCGACGCUUUCAGCAUUUCAUGCAGCUGGAGUUGGAUGCUGCUCGGGUCCACUUCCAGCAGCGGCAGAGGAGGAAAAAGCCUACGAAGAUAAACAAAGCUCAGACGGCAGCGUCUCCAAAUGACCUCUCCAACGAUCUGGGCAAAGGCGUCAGCCAGGAUGUGCUCAUGAUGGAGGAACAAGGACAAGGUGACAAGAAGAAGAAGAAAGAAAAGAAAAAAAAGGAGGAGAAGGAGAAUUAUCCCAACUCAUGGCUGAUCAUCACCAUUUACAAGACCUUUAAAGGCCUUCUGCUUAAAUCGGCCGUCCUAAAACUCCUGCAGGACCUGCUGUCGUUUGUCAGUCCUCAACUCCUGAAACUGAUGAUCUCCUUCACUCAAGACUCAGGCAGAUAUGCCUGGGAGGGCUACUUAUACGCGGUGCUGCUGCUGCUGGUGGCCAUUCUGCAGUCUCUGUUCUUGCAGCAGUAUUUCCAUCAGUGCUUUGUCCUGGGGAUGAAAGUUCGCACCGCCCUCAUAGCUGCUAUUUACAAAAAGGCGCUGGUGGUUUCCAAUGACACUCGCAAAGAGUCAACGGUUGGGGAGACGGUGAAUCUGAUGUCAGCGGAUGCUCAACGCUUUAACGACGUGACCAACUUCAUCCACCUGCUGUGGUCCUGCCCGCUGCAGAUCGUUCUGUCCGUAGUCUUCCUGUGGCUGGAGCUGGGACCUUCGGUGCUGGCGGGACUGGCAGUCAUGGUGCUGAUGGUGCCCAUCAAUGGAUUCCUCGCCACAAAGGCCAGAAAGUUCCAGAUAGACAACAUGAAGUUUAAAGACAAGCGACUGAAAAUCAUGAAUGAAAUACUCAAUGGAAUCAAGAUCUUAAAGCUGUACGCCUGGGAGCCGUCCUUCCAGACGCAGGUGAACGAUAUCAGAGAGGAAGAACUAAAUGUCAUGAAGAAGUUUGCCUACCUGACGUCUGUCUCCACCUUCAUCUUCAGCUGUGCUCCGGCUCUAGUGUCUUUGGCCUCGUUUGCCGUGUUUGUAGGGGUGAGCGAUGACAACGUGUUGACUGCUGAGAAGGCCUUCACGUCCAUCUCCCUUUUCAACGUGCUCCGGUUCCCCCUCGCCAUGCUGCCCAUGCUCAUUGCUUCCAUUGUGCAAACUGAGGUGUCUAAGAAGCGCCUGGAGAGGUUUCUGGGAGGUGACGACCUGGAAAUUGGCACCAUUCGCAACGAUCCCAGUUUCAACACUGCGGUUAGCGUAUGUGAUGCUUCCUUCGCUUGGGACAAAGACUCUGAGCCUCUGCUCCAGAAUGUGUCUCUGGACGUCAAGCCAGGGAAGCUAGUAGCGGUGGUGGGAGCUGUUGGCUCAGGGAAGUCGUCUCUGAUGUCUGCCCUCCUGGGAGAGAUGCACAGCACCAAAGGCUUCAUCAACAUUAAGGGUUCUCUUGCCUUUGUGCCACAACAAGCCUGGAUUCAAAAUGCAACUCUGAAAGACAACAUCCUGUUUGGCUCCCCCUAUGAAGACAGGAGGUUUGACCAUGUGGUCCAGUCCUGUGCCCUGGGCCCCGACCUGGACCUGCUGCCUGGAGGUGUCCUCACUGAGAUUGGAGAGAAAGGCAUCAACCUCUCCGGGGGUCAGAAGCAACGCGUGAGCUUGGCCCGGGCAGCUUACAGUCAGGCUGAUAUCUACCUGUUAGACGACCCCCUGUCAGCCGUGGACUCUCACGUAGGAAAGCAUCUGUUUGAUAAAGUGAUUGGACCCGGUGGGCUUCUCAAGGACAAGACACGUAUCCUGGUGACUCAUGGAGUGAGCUUCCUGCCAUAUGUGGAUGAAAUAGUGGUGUUGGUGGAGGGGAAGGUUUCUGAAAUUGGAUCUUACAAGAGUCUUCGUGCCAGCAAAGGACCUUUUUCUGAGUUUCUAGACACAUAUGCCAAAGAACAAAGUAACAGAAGCCAUUCAGAGUCAGAUCGUUGCCAGGAUACCGCAGAUGUGGAGCUCAUCUGUGAAAGUGACGACACACAACCUGACUCACCUUUGGAGGACUCGGUAUCCGUUACGCUCAAGAGGGAAAACACUCUCCGCCGGAGUCAGCGCCACGGCAGGAAAACAGAUGACAAUGAAACCAAGAAAGGCCAGAAACUAAUUGAGAAGGAAACUAUGGAAACAGGAACGGUGAAGUUCUCAGUGUACAUCCAGUACCUGCGUGCCAUGGGAUGGGGAUAUACCGUCAUAGUGUUCACGAUGUACUUCAUACAGAACGUCGCUUUCGUUGGUCAGAACGUGUGGUUGAGUGAGUGGACCAGUGACGCAGAAGAAUAUUACAACAGGACAUACCCUGCCUCGUUGAGGGACACCAGGGUGGGCGUGUUUGGAGCUCUGGGAGUGGCGCAGGGUCUGUUUGUGUUCCUCGGUACUCUGUUUAUGGCCAACGCUUCAGUCGCUGCGUCCCGUAUCCUGCAUUCGAAGCUGCUCCACAAUAUACUGCGAGUUCCCAUGCUUUUUUUUGACACUACACCAAUUGGCAGAGUCGUCAACCGCUUCGCAAAGGACAUUUUCACAAUAGACGAAGCCAUUCCUCAGUCCCUCCGAUCCUGGCUGAUUUGUCUGCUCGGUGUCCUGGGAACAAUGUUUGUCAUCUGUCUGGCCACCCCUUUCUUCGCUAUCAUCAUUAUUCCUCUGGCCAUUGUCUAUUACUUUGUACAGCGCUUCUACGUGGCCACUUCAAGACAACUACGUCGCCUGGAGUCGGUGACGCGCUCUCCUAUAUAUUCCCACUUUGGUGAAACCGUGUCGGGUCUGUCAGUGAUAAGAGCCUACGGCCAUCAGGAGAGAUUUCUUCAGCACAAUGAAUUUACCAUUGAUGAAAAUCUCAAGAGCGUCUACUCGUGGAUAGUGUCAAACAGGUGGGUGGCCAUCCGCCUGGAGUUCCUGGGAACGCUAGUGGUGUUUUUUGCAGCUCUGUUUGCAGUUAUUUCCAGACAUUCUAUAGACAGCAGCCUGGUUGGCCUGUCCAUAUCCUAUGCCCUCAACGUUACCCAGACUCUCAACUGGCUGGUGAGGAUGACCUCAGAGCUGGAGACCAACAUCGUAGCUGUGGAGAGAGUGAGUGAAUAUGCCGAGAUACAGAAUGAGGCUGAGUGGAAAACAGACACUCGGCCUCCAGAGAAAUGGCCUGAUGCAGGAAGGCUGCAGUUUGAUAACUACAAGGUUCGAUACAGACCUGAACUAGACCUGGUGUUGCAUGGAAUCACCUGUGACAUCAACAGCACUGAGAAGAUUGGCAUAGUUGGCCGCACAGGAGCUGGAAAAUCAAGCCUGACAAACUGCCUCUUUAGAAUAAUUGAAGCAGCUGACGGUCGCAUCCUCAUCGAUGACAUAGAUAUCUCCACAAUCGGCCUGCAUGACCUGAGAAACAGGAUCACAAUCAUACCACAGGAUCCCGUGUUGUUCUCUGGGACCCUGAGAAUGAACCUGGAUCCAUUUGACAAAUUCAUUGAUGAAGAUAUCUGGAGUGUCCUGGAGCUCUCCCAUCUCAAGGAAUAUGUUUCUGGAUUAGAGGAAAAACUACAGCAUGAAGUGGCAGAGGGGGGAGAGAACCUCAGUGUUGGGCAGAGGCAGCUGCUGUGUCUGGCCCGAGCGCUGCUCAGAAAGUCCCGCAUCUUGAUCCUGGACGAGGCCACGGCGGCUGUUGACCUGGAGACGGACAACCUGAUUCAGACCACCAUCCGCAAGGAGUUCUCACACUGCACUGUGCUCACUAUCGCGCAUCGCCUGCACAGCAUCAUGGACUGCUCCAGGGUGAUGGUUCUCGAUGCUGGUAAAAUAGUGGAAUUCGACUCUCCGAGUAACCUGCUUGAACAACAAGGUCAUUUCUAUUCCAUGGCGAAGGAUGCUGGUAUUACACAAGAACAGGGCAUCGUCACAGCUCUCUGAUGUGUUGUACUUUCUGGUUCGUGUUUGUUUGUUUGUUUAAUGAAAUCCAAUUUCGUAAAUUUCUUUUGCUGUUGCUCGAUUUGUAAAACUGAAUUUUAUUUGGAUGUAAACAUAUUUAUAAGUCACAAUAGAAUUAAUCUUAUUUUGUAAGUAAAUAAUUUUUUUAUGUACAAAAAGUAUUGUUUCUCUUCAUCAAAGUAUGCGAUAAGAUGAUGUUUGUUUCAUUUCUGUGCAUUAAAUAUGGAGCUGUCUCUGCAUUAAGACUGGAAACGUAAAAUGUGUUGAAAAAUAAAAAAGAUGGAGAAGCAACA